UUUAUUAUUCAAUUUGAUUUGGUUUGGUUUGCGAUUUUAAUUCGAAUAAGUUUCACCCUUACUGACAUCGCCUCACGCCAAAACUUAUGCAAGGAAGCGCUGUCGGUGGAAGGGAGUUGGAUGGUCGUUUCGGAAUUACAUGCAUAUGCAAAUUUCUCAGCCAGCCUGUAUUUUACGUUUUUAUUUAAAUUUAAAUUGUCAUCAUAGACCCACCAACUCUAAUCUCCACCGUUGAUCUCUCAAGAAUCUUGAAUCUCAUUACCCCACACGUUUCCUUUUUUCUCUCUCCUACCUCGACAGCCAUAGCCAAGUACCCAACCUCUACUCUCUCCUCGCAUUCAUUCCUUCCCUUCCACUUUACGAAAAGAUCUUAUUCCUCAUUUUCUCUCUCUAGCCUUGCAAUCAGCUGGGUGAGUGGUGAGGAGAGUUGGGAAGGUAAGUAAAAAUGGGGAGCUCAAAGGUUUUAACAAUGGUGGUUUUUGUGUUAGCAGUGAUGUUAAUGUUGGAUUUAACAAUGGCGGAUAUGUCGGAAGAAACUAAGGUGAAGAAAGUGAAAGGGAAGACGGUGUGUACUAGAGGAUGGGAGUGUUGUGAAUGGUCUAAGUUUUGUUGUAAUGAGACGAUUUCUGAUUUCUUUCAAACGUAUCAGUUUGAGAAUUUGUUUGGUAAGAGAAAUGCACCAGAAGCUCAUGCAGUAGGGUUUUGGGAUUAUCAAGCAUUUAUUACUGCUUCUGCUCUUUUCCAACCUUUAGGGUUUUGUACUACUGGAGGUAAACUUAUGGGUAUGAAAGAGCUUGCCGCUUUCCUUGGCCAUGUCGGUAGCAAGACUUCCUGUGGUUACGGAGUUGCCACUGGCGGACCUUAUGCCUGGGGACUUUGCUAUAAUAAAGAACUGAGCCCAAGCCAAUCUUAUUGUGACGAGAGUUUUAAGUACACUUUCCCUUGCGCACCUGGAGCUGACUACUAUGGCCGAGGAGCUAUUCCUAUUUACUGGAAUUUCAACUACGGAGCAACUGGUGAGGCACUGAAGGUGGAUUUACUGAAUCAUCCAGAGUACAUUGAGCAGAAUGCUACUCUUGCCUUCCAAGCUGCAAUUUGGAGGUGGAUGACUCCGAUGAAGAAGGGACAACCUUCAGCCCAUCAAGUUUUCGUUGGAGACUGGAAACCCACCAAGAAUGAUACUUUGUCAAACCGUGUACCUGGAUUCGGAACCACCAUGAAUGUCUUGUAUGGAGAUCUUGUUUGCGGAAAGGGUGAGAUUGAUGGCAUGAAUAACAUCAUCUCUCACUACCUUUACUACCUUGAUUUGCUCGGUGUUAAUCGAGAAAAGGGCGGAGAACAUGAAGUUCUAACAUGUGCUGAACAAAAGGCUUUCAACCCAUCCUAUGUUGCCAGCUCCUCCUCUUAAGGCUCGGUCAGACUUAUUCUUUGCAAGAUCGAUCCUUUGCUGCUCAGUUCACUGCUAUCAAUAAGCCAAGGUAUCAUUAUUAUCGUCAUUGUUACUUGCAAAAUGUUAUACUUGCUCUUUCCCUGUUAAAUAUGUGAAGUAAACGUAGGCCGUUGUUGAAGUUUGAAAUGAGCUUUUGGUUUUCUUAUGUUAGUACUAUAGUUGUAAGAGUGAUUGCAUUUUAUGUGUUUAUGAUGUAAUUUUUGUCAUAUUGUUAAAUGGAUAUGUAAAACGAUUUUGAAGAGUAAUUGUUGAUAUUAAAAGUUUCUCUUCCUCAAA